UCCAAUCUCUAUCCCUGCCACUCGGGCCCAAUCUCGGGAGAGGCGGCCGAGAGACCGUUGUCAAUUUCCCCACAACUGUUCCUGAAACCAAAGUCUCCUAGACUUCAUUUCUCACUCGUUCGGUCCAGCCUUGCCGUCCCUUGUCCGUCAGACCAGCUUCUAGACGUCUUAUUAGUGGAGGAUCUGUUUCCCGUUCCCGACCUGCAUCCAUAUGCUGACUAGGUCCAAUCAUUGCACCACCAUCAGCUUGUCAUCUUGACUUUUUGUGAUCCUUGAAUUUGUACCUGCGCUAGUUCGACCUAGACUAACAGACCACUUGGAUGAAAUGUGCUCAUGAUAUCUGACAGUUCACGGCGCAGCAUGGGCUGAAUACGCGGGAGUGAGGGUUGGGCGGUUGUAUAUAAGAUGAGGUGUGCGUCCCAAUAUUCUGGUUGUUGGACACUCCUGCACUGCCUUCUCAUUCAUUCACUUCAUUCAUUCUUUAGAAUUACAUACACUCUCUUUCAAAACAGUCACUCUUUAAACAAACCAACUUUUGCAACAAUGCGAUCUUACACUCUUCUCGCCCUGGCCGGCCCUCUCGCCGUGAGUGCUGCUUCUGGAAGCGGUCACUCUACUCGAUACUGGGAUUGCUGCAAGCCUUCUUGCUCUUGGAGUGGAAAGGCUGCUGUCAACGCCCCUGCUUUAACCUGUGAUAAGAACGACAACCCCAUCUCCAACACCAACGCUGUCAACGGUUGUGAGGGUGGUGGUUCUGCUUAUGCUUGCACCAACUACUCUCCUUGGGCUGUCAACGAUGAGCUUGCCUACGGUUUCGCUGCUACCAAGAUCUCUGGUGGCUCCGAGGCCAGCUGGUGCUGUGCCUGCUAUGCUUUGACCUUCACUAGUGGUCCCGUCAAGGGCAAGAAGAUGAUCGUCCAGUCCACCAACACUGGAGGUGAUCUCGGCGACAACCACUUCGAUCUCAUGAUGCCCGGCGGCGGUGUCGGUAUCUUCGACGGCUGCACCUCUGAGUUCGGCAAGGCCCUCGGCGGUGCCCAGUACGGCGGUAUCUCCUCCCGAAGCGAAUGUGAUAGCUUCCCCGAGCUUCUCAAGGACGGUUGCCACUGGCGAUUCGACUGGUUCGAGAACGCUGACAACCCUGACUUCACCUUUGAGCAGGUUCAGUGCCCCAAGGCUCUCCUCGACAUCAGUGGAUGCAAGCGUGAUGACGACUCCAGCUUCCCUGCCUACAAGGGCGAUACCUCGGCCAGCAAGCCCCAGCCCUCAAGCUCCGCUAAGAAGACCACCUCCGCUGCCGCUGCCGCUCAGCCCCAGAAGACCAAGGAUUCCGCUCCUGUUGUCCAGAAGUCCUCCACCAAGGCUGCCGCUCAGCCCGAGCCUACUAAGCCUGCUGUAAAGCCCCAGACUGACAAGCCUGCCGCCACCAAGCCUGCUGCUACCAAGCCCGCUCAACCUGUCAACAAGCCCAAGACAACCCAGAAGGUCCGUGGAACCAAAACCCGAGGAAGCUGCCCGGCCAAGACUGACCCUACCGCCAAGGCCUCCGUUGUCCCUGCUUAUUACCAGUGUGGUGGUUCCAAGUCCGCUUAUCCCAACGGCAACCUCGCUUGCGCUACUGGAAGCAAGUGUGUCAAGCAGAACGAGUACUACUCUCAGUGCAUCCCCAACUAAAUGGUAGAUCCAUCGAUUGUGGAAGAGACCAUAAAACGUCUCAGAAGGGAUCCUCUCAUGAACAGGCUUGUCAGUGUAUAGCAUGGCAUCCUGGACCAGGUGUUCGACCCUUGUUGUACAUAUUAGAUCUUCAUUGUAUAUAUUUAGACACAUAGAUAGCCUCUUGUCAGCGACAACUGGCUACAAAAGACUUGGCAGGCUUGUUCAAUAUUGAAGCAGUUUCCUCCAUAACGUCGUCUUGGU